GAGAGACACUUCAGUCUGAAGCAGUUUGAGUUUCAUCCAACGCUUAACAUUUGAUGUUCUCUCCCCAUUAGUAACACCGACAUGGUUUACAUGUGAUUAGUAAUGUUUGUAUCAUGGGUGGUUAUCUGAGUCGCUUUCUUCUGUGAUUUCAGUCCUGCGUGCCACAUGAAAACUGUUCAUCGACGUAAGACGAGACAGUGACUUCAUAGGGUGCUGCGCAGACGAGCCUUUACAUUGGUUUCAGGGUCCCUUUGAACAACAUCAGAGAUGCUGAUCCAAAGCACAAACAUUGAGAAGGACUUUCAAGCACCAGAUUAACAACGACAGCAAAAAAAAAACAUCUUGAAUUUGUCUACCUCUAUCUUCAACAAACGUCCAAAGUCCAGUCUCAGAAUAUGGCGUUUUUAAUGAAAAAGAAGAAGUUCAAGUUUCAGAUACACUUUACCCUGGAGGAGCUCACGGCUGUGCCAUUUGUCAACGGGAUGCUUUUCUGCAAAAUCAGAUUAUUGGAUGGUGGAGACUUUUCCAUUUCUUCAUCCAGGCAAGAGGUACAGGAGAACUGCGUUCGCUGGCGAAAGAAGUUCUCGUUUGUGUGCAAGAUGAGUGCCAGUUCAACCACGGGAGUCCUGGACCCCUGUAUUUGCCGCGUUUCUGUGCGUAAGGAGCUUAAAGGUGGAAAAGCUUUUUCAAAGCUGGGCUUUGCUGACCUCAAUUUGGCGGAGUUUGCUGGUUCAGGCUCCACUGUUCGCUGCUGUAUACUGGAGGGAUACGACACCAAGAACACUCGGCAAGACAACUCCAUACUCAAGGUUACUAUUAACAUUACUCUUCUUUCUGGAGAUCCCUGCUUUAAAACGCCUGUGAGUACAGCUAAGACUAUUGCCAUAGCUGGGCAGGACCCCUCUCUGCAGCUGGACCGCAAGGGAGAAGGCACUGCAGACCACUCUGUCCCUUCACUUGGCAGCACCGCUCGCCGACCAAUCAAAAACAGACUCUCUGUGAACAACUCGGGAGGCCUUCAGGAAGGAUUGGAGGAGAACCUGUCCAGUCCGGAUGAAGUGUUUCACAGGAGUCACUCUCGCAACUCCAGCUUUGCCAGCCAGCAGAGCAAAAUCUCAGGUGGGACUCAGGGCACGAUCAAAAGAACACCAGGCUACAGCACAGAGUACUCUCGCUCCUCCAGCCUGACGGAUCUCUCUCAUCACCGGCGAAACACCUCCACCAGCAGCAGUAACACAUCAGGAGGGACCGCUACAGCUGCCGAGAGCCCUGUAGAGCAGGAGAAAGAGCUCGUAAAACCAGAAAAGCCUCCGCGACCACCCCGUCCCACUCUUCUCCCUAACAGACCCUCAAGGAGAAAGAUGGACUCUGUGGAGAGCCACCCCACCUGGGUCGAUGACACUCGUAUUGAUGCUGAUGAUAUUGUAGAGAAGAUCGUGCAGAGUCAGAACUUCAGUGAUGUCAGCAACAAUGAAGACAGCAAUCUAACACUGUUUAUCAGUAAGGAUGGUACCACAGCCUUAAGUGGCAUCCAGUUGGUCAGCAGGGUGUCUGCGGGUGUUUUCGAACAAGUGGUAAUCGAGAGUCAUUAGAUCUCUGAUGGACAACUGCAGUCCUUUUUAUUUUUUAAUGAAUAAGACUGACUUCAAAACUUGCCCGUUUUUGGGUGUGAAUCUGUGUACUCGCAUAUUACAAAGGUAUCAGUCUAAUCAUGCUUUGUGGGUACUUUUAUAACACCCGUAGCUCUAUGAUUAAGAAUUAAUAAUUAUAAAUAUUUUACACCUGAUUCUGAGGAUAUCAGCUACUUGAAAUGCCUUUAGAAGUGAGGCAUGAUGGGAUCUUCAGUCUAACACUGUAAAAUAUGAGGGCAGUACAAAAGAUUUAGGAUAUUAUAUUAGAUUUUAUAAGCCUUACAGACUUUAUUUAAUUGCAUAUAAUUUGUCUUUUAUUUUUUGUAAUAUACCCCAAUAUAUGCUAAGUGGAGGUUAUAAACCACUAAAAUCUUAUAAAGUCAGCAACCAGCCCAUUACGCUAAUACCAGCCCAUGUCAACCAUUGACAAAUAAGCCUAAAGUUAUUUACAGUAUGGCUGGCCAUACAAGUACGUCUGAGGCAAAAAAAAAACCUUUUGGCCAUUCCCUUCACAAAACCUUCUAUCAGUAUCCUAACUGUGUGAGUCUGAGGUUUGGUUACUUGUGUUCCAGCUGGACUGGUAAACAUAACAUCUAUAAAUUUCUCACUACAGUUCACGAUUUGUUUCUAUGUCUGUCUCAGUAUUUUGUCUCAUUCACUGUUUGAAUCGUUUAACUGUGCUGCUGGUUUCAGCUGUGAAUUUUCAUGUGACUAUGAGUUAAGGCUCAGACAGCUACUGCGAUGUCUCUUUUAGUCUUGUCGGCCACACAAGGAUAGAAUUUAUUUGUUAUUUUCUUGGAAGGGCCUGGCGAGCAUCAAAACAGUCCUAUCCCGGGGUGAUCCUGUGUAAA